AUGGUUGAUAUGGCUUUGGGCGACGAUGGCCGUACACAGCAGCGCGAGUCCCACUUCAACAGCCAGCGCUCCUCGCACCGCUCUUCGCGCUGCCUCGAGGAUGCCCCGGCUGAGCCGCAGACGACGCGCUCACGAACACAUAGCGAGCUGCGCACCCUUAGCAGCCAUUUUGACCUGGACGACAAGACGGAAUACGACCGUGCAGAGAGCAUUAAUUCAGCUUCGUCACCCGCCCCCAAUGUCCCCUACACACGACAACAACGCGAUCGACCAGACACGGCCAAGCGGCGCGACAAGAGCAGCAUAGGCCGCCGGAUAUCGCGGAGCACAACAGAUUCUCGCAUUGCUGGACUAAGAGAAGGAGAAGAACCACUGGCGUCGGAGACGUGGCUUAAUUUAUACAACGAAACUGCUUUACCGCCAAACCUCCCCACACCGCUGCGCUCACCGCGACCCAGAGGACAGAGAGGGCUGUCAGACCCAACACUUAGAGACGCUUCGCAGGUACGGCGCUCGCGCCUUUCAGACCGCAUAUUUCUGUCAUCGUCGGUAUCGCAACUCGACAUUACCGCGCUACCCAGCAUGAAGCCCGUCAAGGAAGACGACUACAAAGAACAUUAUGUGCGCUCCCAUCGCACACCAGAGGCGCAGAAAGCUUCUCGACUGGCGACAGAACUCUAUACCAUAUCAUACCUAAUCUUCUUCUCUAUCUGGGGAACACUAGCUCGACUGGGCCUACAAGCCCUAACUUUUUACCCAGGCGCGCCAGUCGUCUUCUCAGAGCUCUGGGCAAACGUCGCCGGCACAUUUGUAAUGGGUUUCCUCUCCGAAGACCGCCGACUCUUCGCCGCGGAAUGGGGUAACAACGAGGCCACCCCCGAGCAGCCAACCGACGAACCAGCCACACGUCAGGCCAAAGCGCGACAUGGCAAGACCAAAAAGACGAUUCCGCUAUACAUUGGUCUCGCAACCGGGUUUUGCGGCUCCUUCACCUCCUUCUCAAGCUUCAUGCGCGACAUCUUCCUCGCCCUAUCAAACGACCUCGAUACCCCCCUCAACCACGCUUACCCAGCCAACCUGCCCCCGCCCUCCAUCGCCACCACACUUCCCCGAAACGGUGGAUACUCCUUCCUCGCCAUCUGCGCUACCAUCAUCUUAACAAUCGCUACAUGCUUCGCCGCACUUAAAGUAGGAUCGCACCUCGCACUCGCCCUAGACCCAUGGACACCUACCCUCCGCUUCCGCCUCACCCGCCGCAUCCUCGACCCUAUCUUCGUUUUUCUGGGCGCUGGCAUCUGGCUCGGAGCCGUCGUCAUGGCCACAGUACCUCCACACGACACGUGGCGCAGCCAGGCCCUCUUCGCCUGUGUUUUCGCUCCUCCAGGCGCUAUACUACGCUACUACAUCAGCCUGCACAUGAACCCCAUGUCGCCAGCUUUCCCCCUCGGAACCUUUACCGUGAAUGUCUUCGGUACUGCUGUCCUCGGCAUGGCGUUUGACCUCCAGCACGUGCAGCUUAGUAGCACGGGACUUGUGGGUGGGGGUCUGGUAGGUUGCCAGAUUCUACAGGGUAUCAUGGAUGGCUUUUGUGGCUGUCUUACUACCGUGUCGACGUGGAUUGUUGAACUAGAUGCCCUGGCCAGGGGCAAAGCCUAUGUUUAUGGGGGCGGCAGUGUGGUCGCUGGAUUGGGCUUGUUGCUGGUGGUUAUGGGGAGUGUGAGAUGGACGCUUGGGUGGCAGGAUUUGGUUUGUCUUGUUUGAAUGAUGUUGUUUUUUUGCGAACAUUACUAAUGAACGGUCAUGGGUUUGGCCGGAUUGGCAUGAUCUAAUGUGUUUGAGAUGAUGAGAGCAUCUUAAUGGGUUGGCAUGAUCUAAAGUACCGGUCGGACGCAUUUUCAACACUAACUAACUGCCAUAUACGAUUAUGUAUGCUGGUUGGUUAGAGUGACGUAGAGAGUAGAAUAGACCUUUAGAGAGAGAGAGAGAGAGAGACGCGUGCAUGUAGAUUACGAUACCCACAAUUCCUAUUAUUUAUGUUUUUCGUUUAAA